AUGUAGCACUUACAUAUGUACAUCAACAUUAUAACAAUUCACAUCACAGCUAUCCUCAAUUUCCCUAUCAUCAAUAUCAUCUACCGUAUACUCGUCUUGCUAGAACCUAUAUGGAAUAAUUGCUUCCAAUUAACUAUCUACCACGGUAGGUACCAAGUUCAACAUGUCCCACAGCAAACGGAACACCUCCCGCGCCGUCUUCACAUCCCACGAGCGGGAUCUAGCCCGACGAGCAUGGAGCUCGACCUCGGCGCGCCUGUCGCGCGAGAGCUACCUGCCUUUUUCCUCGUGCGGCCUCUGCCUCGAGAUCGCCCAAGACCCUGUGUCGUGCGUGCAUGGCGACGUCUUCUGCCGCGAGUGCGCGCUCAGCAACAUUCUCGCCCAGAAGAAGGAGAUCAAGCGGCUAGACCGUCUGCGCGAGCAAGAGAGCCGCGAGGCCGACGAAGAGAGGACGCGGCUGGAGGCGGAGGAGCGCGAGCGGGCAGUGCGCGAGUUCGAGAUGACGCAGAUUGGCUUAGAUGCUAAGCCGAGGAACAAUAAUACCACAAAUAAUAACGCUGCUGCUGGGGGGAGGCUGACCGAAAGUCGCGAUACCCCGGUAGCGGCGGCGGCGGCAGUAGAAGAGGCGGUCAAUGGCGCGAGGAAACGCAAGUUCGAAAUGGACGAGGAAGAACUAGCGCGAAUAGCCAAGGACGAUCGAGCGAAAGCCCGGAAAGCCCUGGACGACGAGAAGGCCGCAAAGCCCACGCUACCGUCGUUCUGGACACCAUCCGUAACACCGUCGUCGAACACGAAAGAUGUGCUGCACGAAGUGGCCAAAAAGACGAAGAGUACACCGAUCUGCCCUGCGUCGAAGGAAGAUAAGCCGCACGCUUACUCGUUACACACGCUUGUCACGGUCAAUUUUACCGAGGAGGAGGCAGGCGACGACGCGGGCAAGGGCCGAAGUACCAAUGGGAAGAAGGAACGCAUACGCGUGUGUCCCUCAUGCAAGAAGGGGCUGAACAACGCCUCGAAAGCGAUGCUCGCCAAGCCCUGCGGACAUGUGCUGUGCCGGAGUUGCAUCGACAAAUUCAUGCGGCCCUCGCGGCAGCAACAUCAUCACGAUCCGCACGCGUCAGCGGGCGAGGCCGAGCGAGUGCGGUGUUAUGUCUGCGAGGCGGACCUCACCGAGAAGAGUGGGGGUGGCGAUGGUGGCCAAAAGGGCAAGAAGAAGGAGAAAGACAAGGAGAAAAUGCAGCCCGGUCUUGUGGAGCUGAGGAGCGAGGGCACGGGGUUCUCGGCUGGAGGUGCGAACCAGGUGCAGAAGUCGGGGAUAUCGUUCCAGUGCUAAUAAUCUUGAGGCGUGAGGUUCUCUUGUAGGUUACAUAGAUAGAUCGGGAUUGUGCUGUAACGAUGUUACCAAUAAUGGUAUAGCAUUGUACGAUCUACGAGCGAACUACUCCUUAACGCCCCAGUUCGAGGAAGGCAUUUAAUCAAGUACGAGAUAUACGGAAUAUAGAGGCAAACUCAUGUUUACACAUUCCAAAUAUCGUAUUGAAUUACUCAGACUAAUG